AUGAGUUACGAUCCAAGACUGGGCGCCGCAGCAUACGGUGCAACAGGCGCAAGCAGCGAUGGAGACGCAAAGAAGGGCUCGGUACGGGCGGCGAGAGAGCGGAUGCAGGCUGCGCAAAAGAGGACCCAACUCCCAGACACGUCGAAGAUCAUUGGUCUUCCCCGGCGACCAAACCAGCUCGUCAUGCAGAAUUCUCAGGAACGGAUAGAACAGUCACAGCAAGCGGCGCCUUCGGGAAGCAGAGGUGACAUUGAUUCGGGAUCGCCGUCACCACAAUGGCCACUGCCAAACAUUACUAGGGACAAAGCCGAUCCGACACCUGUCUUACCACCUCGCUCUCCAGAAAGACUGAGACCACCGCCACAGUUUGCACGCCCUGUAUCCGACGAGUUUCCUAUACAGCAGCUCUCGCCCGAUCUUCCCUCGCCGACCUCCCCAACAUCAAUAUAUCUACAUCCGAAUGCCGACACCUUCUCACCUAACUCAUUUCGAUCUUCGCGCCCAAUCACUACAUCGUCGAUAGCCUCGGACUCCUCGAUAGGCUCCAUACCCGACUUUCCUGUACCCCAACCGCCUAUGCCAAGUAUCCAACAAGCGCGACGCUUUCCAAGUCUCGGUCCACCGCCCUCUUCGCGGAGAGGGCCUUCGUCGUACUACACGCAGAUGUCGUAUGUGUCACCCAUCGUCGAGGAGUCGGAGAACAACUCCUCAAGGAUACAGUCACAACGCGGGUCCUUUGCUUCUAGCAACGUAUUCCCGACUAACAAGGAUGAUUUCUACCCCGAUGACGACCUCUACUCGGACGACGGCGAAACCAUAAACAGUCGCGAUACCAUCUCACCGACCCCGACCGACUCCGACGACCGAAGCGGCCUCGUACAGCAAUCGCCCGCCCUUCUGCGGCAGGCGAGCUUGGGCAGGAGGACUAAGCCAUCGCUGAUGACUAUCAAGUCAGUGGACAGCUUUGGAAACAAGAAGGGUGGACCUGAAGGGAAGAAGCCUGAUGGCUCUAGGCUUGGCGCGGGGGCCAUGGGCAUCGGAGCCGCAACACUCGCAGCGAGGGAUGGCAGUCCGUCGGGUAUUUCAAGACAUCCUCUCAGCAGGUCCGUCUCUAUGGACUCCAUAGACACGAUAGAGGACUUCAAGAGCAAGGCCGGAAACGUUGGGACUGCAUCACCACUCCAACAGGAAUUGCGACACCCCGGAAUGUCCGAGCGUGCUGGUAUGCGACGGCCCGCGAGGCUCGACAUGGACGCGGUCCGGGACGCUGAAGCGCGCGGCAGCUUGACGAGUCUGCCAGAUCUCAUUCGAAGAGCCACGCGCCUGGCAGCGAACCUUGAUCGCGGACGCACAGCAAGUCGGCUUGGGUUGGACUUUUGGGAAACUGGUGCUCCCGACAGGAACCAAGUUCGUCAGUCUGGAUUGUCUGAGAUGCUCGCCGCUUUCCCACCACCAGGUCAAGAAACUCCCAACCGCUCUGGCCGGGGUACCCCGAACUUCCGCAACGGCAGCAUGACGAAGUGGCCGUCAGGUGGUAACGGACGCAACGGUGCUACCGACUCUGGAUUCAGCAACGAAAAGCAGAAGCCGCGUCGAAGGUGCUGUGGUAUGCCCUUGUGGACAUUCAUCACGCUCCUCAUAGUCUUGCUUUUCGUCAUCGCUGCCGCGGUCGUCAUCCCCGUGUUCCUAGUCGUCCUACCAAACCAGAACAAGGGCGCCAAUACCUCUGCCGCUCAAGAGACUCAAGGAAGUAACAACGGGGGUAACAACAACAUGAACAAUCCCAACGCACCUGCUGCACCACUCCCCACGUCCGGGCCGGGUCAAGGGAACGACCAAUGUAGCGGUAUCAUUACCUGCCAGAACGGCGGUGUCGCCAUACUCAACGGCGACCGAUCGUGCAACUGUGUAUGCAUCAACGGCUUCACAGGAAAGACAUGUACGAACGACGAUGCUACUGGUUGCACCACGACCAGCAUCGAGGGCACUGCCAACAACGCCACGAUGGGCUCUGGUAUUCCUCGCCUGAUCGAGGUGACCGCCCCCAAGUUCAACGUUCCUUUGGAUGCCACCCGUGUCUUGUCAUUGUUCUCUCAGCUCUCGCUCAGUUGCGCAGCCGAGAACGCCCUCAUUACCUUCAAUGGUCUUGCUUCUCGUUCAAUACCUCAGCGUCUUCAUUCGAUGGACUCAAGGACCGCACUUCACCCGUCGCGUACGCUCCCAGUACUCCACCAUCCUCAUCCUGCGCAGGUCCCUGGUCAUCUAGCCAAGCGCCAAACGGUCGGCCAGGUCGACGAAGCCGAGGCUCCUAACGAACAAGCCAAAGCCCAGACGGAGGAGCUCGUAACACAGCCCAUCUCGAGCAACAUCAAUGCUCUCGACUUUGCCCGUGUGGCGGUGCUCCUUGCGCUUCAGGAAAGCAAAGACCUAGACGUGGCCGCGAGCGCACAGGAGUCCAUACAAUCCCUGCUCACAGACGACCGCAACGGGAACUCCAAUAGCGGCAGCAUUGACGUCGGCCCCUUUGAACUAGAUCUCGUCAACUUCACAAUCGAGUUCCAGAACGGCACCACGAUACGCGGACCACAGAGUACCUCAUCCCGAGCUUGA